GGGGAGAAGGGGGAGAGUGUCCUUAGCUGUGAAGUCUGUCUUGUAAGGUUCCUGUCACUUACCCAUAUACAUUCUGAUAGAGAAAACAAUUGCACGUCUGCACACACACUAUUUUAUUAAAUUGUACAGAGCAUAUAGGCACAUGUGCAUAUCACUCGUCCACUGUGUUCACAUACGAUCCAUGUGUAUCGAAGUCCUCUCCCGUUACACCAAACUCUGGAGUAUAAGUGUAUCACAGAUACUCUAUGGUACAUACUUACACUAAAAAUAAGCAUGACCCAAAUAUUGCACGGGAACACUCGCAAAUAAAAAUUAUUUGUGGUUUACCUGAAACGCAAAUUUAACUGGGCGUCCUCCAUUGUUGUUUGCUAACUCUGGGAAUCCUUGUAUACUUCACAUCAGCUGACAUAUCAUACCCUGAUUAGUAUCUGUCUUCUACCAGAACGUUCCACAUUCCCAGAGCCUAGAAGAGUGCCUGAUACAUAGUAGCUGAACACUGUUGAAGGAAUGGAUAAAUGAAUGAUUGAAUACACACCAUAAAUACAGACCAUAUUACAUAAAUCAGGAAAUGUGACAGGUCGCACGGUUCCUGAGUUGUGAACACACGCUAUGCUCCAAACGCUCUAUGCGUUUCUACCGUGCUCGCCACACCGUCCCCACAGGCGUGAAAGGUUUGACUGAUACAUGUUAUUCUCACGUGUCAGACAUGCUGUUCACAGCCACCACUCAGGCCUUCGCUUCUGACAAGACACUAACAAAAUAGUUAUCGAUAGUAACUAAAUGCAGGAGUAUCCACCGGGGACCAGACGGUCGACCACGUGUAUUCGCUGAACCUGACCCGGGUCAGACCCUCUGUUAAUAUUUGUUGGAUGGAUGAGUGAUGCAUUAGCAUGCCCCACCCAUGGUGUCUCAGGCUUUCCUAUCUCUCUCAGGAGUCUCGAAGUCGCAGGAGGAUGCCCUUCGGCUUGGAUCCCCUGGGGUGGCCAAAGGCUGGGGCGCAGGGGUAGGGGAGGUGUCCUCUGCCUCUGAAUACUUCUCCUGUGUUUCUUCUCCACGCAAGUUCAUCCAUGGUGGAAUCCGGAGAGUACAUCGAGACAGUCCCCAGCCUAGAUCACCCCUAGUCCAGGGUCAGGAGCGAGGGGAGACUGCUCCCCCCUCACACCAGGUCUCCUUCUCGUCCCCUUCAUCCUAUAAGACCUGUGUGUCCUCUGUGUACAGAAACAAAGAGGAAAGGGGCAUGAAAAUAUACUACAUGCAGGUACAAAUGCAAAAGGGUGUGGCUGUCUCCUGGGAGACAGAGGAGACCUCGGAGUCACUAGAGAAGCAGCCGAGGAUGGAAGAAGUGACCCUUCCUGAGAACGUGCGGGUAGGUACUCCCCCCUCUGAUGUGUCCACCAGAAACCUGCUGUCUGACAGCGAGCCCAGCGGGGAGAACAAGGACCACGAGGAGCCGGCAGAGUCAGACAGCCUGCCAGGCUCACCCACUGUUGAGGAGAGACCCAGAGCCAAGACCCCCGACUGGCUGGUGACCGUGGAGACUGGCUUCCGAUGCAUGGCCUGCUGCCGGGUCUUCUCCACCUUGGAGGUCCUCCAGGAGCAUGUCCAGUACGGGAUCAGGGAGGGCUUCAGCUGCCAUGUGUUCCACCUCACCAUGGCUCAGUUGACGGGCAUCGUGGAACCUGAGUGCACCCAGGAGGAGGAGGAUGAGAACGAGGAGGAGGGGGAAGAGAAGCAGGAAGAAAAGGAUGAGAAGGAGCAGCCCGCGCAGGAGGACCCUCGCGUGAAGCGACCCUGAAGCCAGUGCCCAGGCUGUGUGUUUCAUUCUCCAAAGGACAACAACAAUUGAGAUCUGUGAGCCAUAAAUUCCUGGAAGACGGUGUGGCCUUCUUUUGGGAGAAGGAGAAGAAAGGAUCCUGGGUAUAGUAGCAGAUAAAAUGCCAAUGAUGUGAAGAAAGAUGAAGGAACCGGCAUUCAAUCUGGCAUCACAUGAAAAUAUAAAUACCAUAUGCAAUAAAGGCUGUUUUCCAAACCUUA